GAGAGAGAGAGAGAAAGAGAAAGAGAAAGAGAAAAGGAAAGAGAAACAGAGAAGGAAAGAGAGAGAGAGAACUGAGAGACAGACAUUGACAUUCGGGGCGUUCUUUGGGUGGAUCCUACAGCGCACCGGCUACAAGUGAUAGCAUGUAAUAGCUUUACUCUACCGCGUGGUUUACCAAUGUUAAUGUCAAUGUUACACAAUUAUUAAUGGUGCUAAUUGUUAAUUGUGCGUGGCACGAACCCAUCACCAAGCUUUUUUUCCUACGAACCACCGCAUAAAUUGUGUUGACGCGUCUGCGACUGCUGCUGCUGCUGCUACUACUACGGCUGCUGCUACUGCUGCGGCUGCUGCUGCUGCUACUGCUGUUGCGGCUACUGUUGCUACUACUACUUCCACUGCUACGAGGACGAGGAGAGCAAAUACAGCCACUAAUCCGCGGUGACUCUGUCGAGCUUUUUCGGUCGACUCGUGCGUUUUCGCGGUCGAUCGUGCGUUUUUCGGGGUGAGCGUUUUUUACCGUAUUUGCUGAACCUGUUUGCGGCACGCGCUCGCGGCCCGACGUCGUUGUCGGCGUCAUUGUUGGCGAGUGUGUCUGUGGCUCACGUACGUCGACUGCGACGUGGCGUACUCUGCUCUCACAGCCGAGUGAUCGCGGAUUACACGGAGCAAGCAUCACUACUGCCUUUCACUACCGUCACUACCGCUGCGGUGUCCUCCACGCGUACUGCCGCUUGGGCUAAACCGCACGCGAACACGCAAACGCCACGGUGCGUACGAACGGAGAAAUUCCGCGGCGCAUUUAGUGGUGUUCGGACACGUACUUCGCUGCUGACCACCACGUUCACGUGCCCACGUGACCACGUUCAGGCGUUCUCAUGGUUCAUGGUUCGAGCUUGACUCGACCGCUCACAGUCACGUGAUCGGUGGUCGGUCGGCAGACGAUGGCGUCCGUGAGGGUGUCCGACCUUGCAUCGAUGAUACAAAUUUACGAGAGUCGUUGGAACCAGGUCGAGAUGCAGUCAGCGCCGCCGAAAGCAACCAAGGACAGUAAGACGCGUAAGAGUCUCGCGAGAACCCGCGAUAAGAGUGUGGACAUUUUCGACUCGGUGGCGAGAAAACUUCGCGGAAUUCGCACCAAGUCCGUCGAUCGUCUGACGGCCGCGGCGCAUGCGCAGGCGGACGACUGGGUGACGGCACGUGACCGGUCACUCGGCGACUUCCGGCGGCGUGACGUGUCGGCUGACCGUCUCUCGAUCACCUCUCGCUCCUCCUCGGCGGCUCACAGCGUCUUGAGAGACUGCGACAGCUUCACAAACUCGCUGAGGCGACCCGGCGGGGAUGUCGGCGCCGAGGAGAGGGCUCUGCGGGGCACCGUCAGGGAUACGGUGGACCGACUCGCGCGCCGCGACAAGAGCCUCGGCUACAUGACGACGAAGGAAAAGCCGUCACAGCGCGUCGCCAUACCGACGGAAGCUGCAGAUCGUCUGUCGAUGCGGUCUCGUUCGCGCGUCCGCGUCGUUGCCAUAGAGAAGGAGAACGAGCGUGGUGGAGGGUCGGCUGCAGGAUGGCGGUCACACAGGGAGACAGGACCCGAGGAGCGGCUAGAGAGACUGACCCUCGGGCGGGCGCUGGGAAGGUUUCUCAAUAACCGCGAGAAGAAGAGCAAGAGCGAUGUCGAGAGACCUCCGGUAGAGGCCGCCACGACCAGGAGAGAGAGCCGACUACCGUCCGUUAUCAUUACGCAUCCGGUUCCGCCCAGAGCCAAGUCGGUAGAUCGGCAAUCGAAUGGCUGGCCAACGCACGAGAACGUAGUGCUGGGUAGUGCCUUCACCACCCAGCGGUCGUCGGCAAGGUCUCGCUCCGUGGAUCCGCGGAGAGAGAUACAGAGCAUGGAGAGAGCGCCCACCCGCGGCGCCACAAUCACAGCAACCGAUCGCAUGGCUUCCAGAGCCAAGUCCGUCGAUCGCUCUACCGUCAGGGAGAGGCCCGCUAGAGAGCGCUACGUCUGCGAGACUGCUUACUUCUACCCGUCGGUCGACCGCGCCUUCGUGCGCGCCAAAUCCGCCGAGCAGCGCUCCACGAACGAAGCGAUGACGACCAUGAUGGCGCCGUUGCCACGGCAACACGAAGGCGCGCAUCGCAACCACCAGCAGCAGGUGGCGGCAACGGCAACGCGGCAAAACAGACACGGGAAAAAAUGCAAGAAGCAUUCGCGGGCGAGCUCCGUGGCGAGUUGCGAGGAUGGCGUGCUGACAGUGCACGCGGAGGUGCAUCAGAGCGGACGCAGCAGCAGCGGCCAGCAGGCGGCGGCCCACCAUCCCCACUGCGACGCUGCCGGAUCCUGCGCCUGGACGCCCGCCGAUCGUUGCGCCACCUGUACUCUACAGCAGACGCCGCACAAGCAUGCCGUCCACUGGAAAGGCGAUCAAGGCCCAAUAGACAGACGUCAUCGAUAUCAGAACCACGUGCACCCCGGGCACGCCGGUGGCGCCACCUACGAGAACGUAGACGACGACAUGGAUCCGAUAUACGCAGUGCUGCAGAACACACCCUAUGAGGUGCAGAGAUGUGAGGAGAAGGCCCAUCACCACCACCACGCGCGCGGCUUCUCGAAAUCCUCCGACUGCAAGCGCCGAAACGCCGUCAACAGCAACAUCAGUAACAACAUCAGCGGCAACACACGCGUCGUGCAGGCAGAGGUCUACAACUCCCACGGCGUGCCCGUCACCGCCAUCACGGACCCCCGCACCGCGAAGAACGGAUUCCACAAAAUCCCAAACGGAUGCGGCAACGGCAGCGACGUCGUGCAUCACCAUAGCAACGGCGACGUCAUGCAUCACCACGGCAACUGCGUCGCCAGCCGCCACCACCACAACAACAACAACAACAACAAGGAAGCGUAUCCUAACGGCGUGCUCGCGCGGGAUCCCGUGUACGUUCCCGCUCCGGAUUACGACAGCUACGACGCGGCGGCCGACGACCGCUCGGGAGGCGAUCACACGGACAGCGGCGGGUCAGCGAGCGGGAGCCCCCCGAAGCGCGACCUGGUGGGAGACCGGCUGCGCAAAGCGAGCGGCUCCUCGCAGGUUAGCGGCGACUCCGGCAUCGACAGCUACCCGCCGACCUUCGACGAUUACCUGCAGGCACUCGGCCCGCUCAAGGGCAGCGCGCAUCCUCACAGGGGGCGCCACGCCCGCGACGCCGCCGCCGCCGCAACUUCCGACCCGCUCGCCAACAAUCAGCUGGAGAUCGUGUCGCGCGAACGGAAGCCGGUAGAGGGCGCUGACGGCGGCGAGGCGGCGGCGGAGUUUUCCAACGUCAAGCUGCGACACGUGGAGAAGGAAGUGAACGGUGAUGACGCUCAGGUGAGAGUAGCAGGAGGAGCAGAGAGCCGGGAGAGCACGGGGGCGGAGCUGCCGGAAUCCACCGGCCAAUCGGGAGAGCUGCAGGCAAAGCUGCAGGCGCGCAGGAAGCUCGCCUACGAGCAACCGGCGCCCCCUGGUGACGACGCAGAGAAAGAAGCCCGCGAAAUUCUUCCGGAGGCUGUGCGAGAUUCGGCUGCGCAGGCAUCACGGGAGGAGGAAGAUGCCCACGGGAGGCUGAGGGAGACAGCCAGCAGACAGAAUGAAGCCAGCAGUAAUAAGGAGAAGGGCGGCGGGCAGAAGAGCGUGAACGCUCAGCUGAAGAGCCUCCUCGAGAAGCGCAUAUCGCGGCUCGAUGGCGCCACCGCCGACGACAGCUACGGCAUCAAUCCCCUGUUGCUCAAGAAGGUCGGUUCUUGCGAGAACCUGGACGGACACGAUCGUUACGUCAUCAGUAAGAGCUCAAGUCUGUCGUCGAUGUCGUCGGGGUCAGUCGACGUGGAGAUAGUGACGGCGACGACGACGACGACGACGAUGCAUGGGGGAGGAGUCUCACCAAAUGCGCUGACACCAGCAGCAUUUCCCGCCGCUCCCGCCGCCAAUGCAAAGACACCAGCAACACACUCUGUGCCACAGCCUGCCCAGAUGGGUACCGGCCCCCCUGAAGUGAGUCCCACACGUCCGUCCUUACCCCUGCCUCAGCGUGCCACACUUUCUGAUGAGCAACCUAGCCCUACCCGUCCGUCGCUAACUGUGCCACAGGCCCCGCAAAUGCACACAAACCCAACCGAAAUUCAGUCGAGUCCCACCCGUACUUCCCUACCCGUGCUGCAGCCGCCUCAGAUGCACCCAGCUACUCCUGAAAUGCAAGCGAGCCCUACCGGUCCCUCGCUGACAGUGCCGCAGCGUCACACGCCUGCUGAGGUGCUGUCCAGUCCCUCCCGCUCAUCCCUCGCACUGCCACAGAAUCCAGCGGCGCAGCAUCUUGGCCGCAUCUUCUCUAGCGGCGAAGUUCCCGUUCCCUCGACCAUCACGCGCCAGGGAAAGCCCCCGACCUCUCUCGACAUUCCAUCCCCCAACGCCCCCGCCACCGACAAGGUAAUUUCGUCUACCACGCCGCCUCCUCCGCCCCCUCCCCCCUCUCCCCCGGGGAGCACGAUGGCCGCGCCCCCUCCCCCGCCGCCGCCGCCUCCUCCGCCGCCUCCGUCGGUGAGUCACAGCGCGGCGACGUCUAGUUGCGGGUCACCGUCGUCCUCUGCACCGCAGACGCCCCUGGCUGCGGGACCCGUGGUGUCGCUCAAGGAUCUACAGUCGAUCACGCUGAAGAAAGCCACAGUGAGGAACAACGAUACGACUAUGAACCAAGUGAGAAACGACGACCUCAUAGCUGAGCUGAAGACAACUAGCGGAGUCACAUCGCUGAAGAAGCUACGUGACGAUAUGGUGAAGAGAAACGUAGAUAUGAAGGAGGCAGAGGAGCAACGGUUAUCUAAGAUUCCAACUUGGAAGCGGCAGAUAAUGGAGAAGAAGGAAUCAGAAGCCAAAGCUGUGAGGGAGUCGAUUGAGAAGUCUCAGCGAGAGAAGGCCGAGCGUGAGAGAGUGGAGAAGACUCCCAAGGUUGUGUCUGCAAUCACGAGUAGUGCGGAGGAAGGCAAGCCCCUCGCUCCCUGGCUACAGGAGCUAAGGACGCGGCGAGC